UUCCCAGCCUUUCGCUUUCGGAGACUUCCCCCAAAGUAGAAAGGUAUGUUUGAAAGGCUUCACUAAAGUAGAAGCACUUUAGGGCAGCAGUGAACCGCCUCUAUAUCGCGAAGACUGUGGGAGUUGGGAGACCGCUUAGGGAGCAUCCUGGAUUCCAUUCCUAGACUAUCCGCAAAACCCUCUCGUUAGAAGCGAUAUCCGUGAUCUGACCUAUUUUCCCAGAUGACGGUCCUCAACCACGACGUCCUCCAGGUGGCGCCUACCCGGCACCACAUCGAAGGUUCGGGUAACUCCGCCUUCUCGAACCUCCAGCUUUUCGGCGCCAUUGCCGGAGUUCCGCUCGCCGUGAUCGUCUUGACCGGCUGGUCUCUGUCUUGGUACCCGUUGGUGCUUGCCGUUUUAGGUCUGCCCGUGUUCGCCGGCUUCAAUGUCCUUUUUGCGCGCUACGCUCCUCCGCUUCGCCCUCAGAGGGGUUUGCCAGGCAAAAAUCUCGAGGAGUACAUGGAGAUCAAGGAUGCUGAGCUGAAGAGGCACUACCACACCAAGUCCAAGAUUCCCAUCGAGACGUUCUUCGAGAGCUACUUUGAUGAGAAGAUCGACAUCAAGGACGACAUGCUGGAGUUGCUUGAGGCUCGUUACGACUGGGCCUCGUUCACCUGGACAAUCGGCCAAGUCAAGUUCUUCUUGACCCAGUGGGUCCCUGAGACUCUCUGGCAUUCGAAGAAGCAGGACGAGAACCAGGUCCGCGAUCACUACGACCGUGGUGAUGACUUCUACAACGCUUUCCUUGGACCUAUGAUGAUCUACACGUCUGGCAUCAUGACCAAGAAGGACGAGCGUCAGACCCUAGAGGAGAUUCAGCAGAAUAAGCUGGAGCUCGUAUCCAAGAAGAUUCAGCUGAAGUCCGGAGACCGCAUGCUUGACAUUGGUUGCGGUUGGGGAACUCUCGCCGUCCACGCCGCUAAGCAGGGCGCCAAGGUCACCGGUGUGACCCUUGGAAAGAACCAGACUGCGUGGGGAACUCGCAAGGCCGAGGAAGCCAACGUUGCUUCCAACGUCAACAUUCUGUGCAUGGACUACCGUGACAUCCCGUUCCAAAAGUACGACAAGAUCACUUGCCUCGAGAUGGCCGAGCAUGUCGGCGUAUUGCGAUUCCAGACCUUCUUGAAGCAGGUCCGGGAGAUGCUCGAGGACGACGGUAUCUUCUUCCUCCAGAUCGCCGGUCUCCGUCGUACCUGGCAGUACGAGGACCUCAUGUGGGGUCUUUUCAUGGCCAAGUACGUCUUCCCCGGAGCUGACGCGUCCACGCCAUUGAACUGGUACAUCGAGCAGCUCGAGCGCGCCGGUUUCGAGAUUGAGUCCAGUGAGACUCUGGGUGUUCACUACUCCACGACCAUCUACCGCUGGUACUCCAACUGGCUUAAGAACAAGGAUAAGAUUGUUGCUAAGUACGGUGUCCGCUGGUUCAGGAUCUGGGAGUACUUCUUGGCCUACUCUACCAUCGUCGCCAGGCAAGGAAGCGCAACAGUCUACCAGCUCGUCUGCCACAAGAACCUCAACUCGUUCGACCGUACCCGUUUCAUCAAGGCUCGUUAAACACCAAACAUCUCGAUCCGCCAAUGCGCCCCGUCGAACCCAGGGGUCGU